UCUUGAACCCACGGAGCUUUAAGGUGACAAUCGGAUGGCAACUGCAGCAGCGUUAAUAUCUUUGAUUAAAGUAGUGAGGGAUUGAACAUUUUAAUCGCUGCAGUUACGCGGAAACCACCGUCACGUUCCGAAUGCCACAAGCGCUCAUGAAUGCUGCUUAAUUUUGCUCCAAUGGUCUGGGAUGGCAAUGGCCCAGACAGUGAUUACAAUUCCGCGCACUGCCAGACACUUAACCGCGCGGAAACCAGGAGCCCUACUUGAUUUUGAAGAGUGUCAUUUUGGUUGAGAAAUAUUGCAGUUGACUGCUGACAUACCAUGACCAUAACAGUUACAGAACCAGGAUUUAAAAUCUGAAUCGGAUCCUAAUAGCCUUAUCAGUCUUAUCAGUACUGCCUUAGCAGUGUCAAUCUGAGAUACUCGCUGACGUCGUCGUAACGUACUUUCUAUACAUCUCGCUCGCACUUAUAUGUGAGUAUGAGCGAGAUGUAUAGAAAGUAAGUUACGCACACGCUAGUGAAUAUGUCAAUGUCAACCUAGUAGUAGCCGUACAGGAGACAAGGUUAGCAAUAACUAGGAACGCAUUGAAAAACAUCCAUAUGUUAACAAUGUCUCUGUUAUGGUCGUGUCGAGAAAGUUCUUACUUAUAUCCAGAAAGUUAUUUUUUAUAAUAUUAAUGUUCUCUUUAAACAGGGAAAUGGACAAAGAGUGUAAAAUAAUCACCAAUUAACAAAUUUACACAAACUUUAUUUUAGUUUAGUUCUUUGCUGUUUUACCGCAAGCAUUAUAAUUAUAUAAUAACUUUUAUCUACUUAUCUAAUACCCAACCGGCCAACCGGCCGUCGACCGAUCGGGCGCCCCAGGUACCGCUGGUGUGAUGUCGUGGAGGCGGACCUGCGUCGGCUGAAUGCCAAUUCAUGGCAGGAAACCGCGCUGGAUCGGGACAGGUGGCGUUCUCUCGUUUCGGAGGCCAAGAUUCUUUUUGGAUCGCUGAGCCAAAGCAGUUAGUUAGUUACUUAUCUAAUAUGUCGUUCACAAAGCUUUUCGACAUUAACUUUUCAUAUAUUAUCUUCAACCAUUUUUUCACAGGAUACAAAUUGCAAAUUAAUUUCGCCAGCUGCUACAAGUUCCACCGAGCGCUCAGGACCUGGUUCCAAGCUUACGUGACGUGCCACGAAGAGGGUGGAGAAUUAGCUGUUAUCAAUAGUGCUGAAGAGGCUCAAAUGUUGCAGACAAUGUUUAAAGAAAACCUAUCUCCUGAUCAGGCGAUCGUCGGAUUACGUACUAAAGCCGGUGAAUGGGUUACCGUUGAUGAAGAACCGCUCUCGGUGUCCGGUUACGACUCAUGGUCUCCAGGCGAGCCGAACAACAAGAAUGGCGAAUCGUGCGGUUUCAUGCUGCGCUCGGGCAUGCUCAACGAUGACCCUUGCGACAAGCUAGCGCCAUCUAUCUGUGAGAUCACACUCUAGAUAGUUCUAAUGGGGUUGCAUAGAUGGCGCCAGCAUAGGUUUUCCUGACAAUCCCUGGAAUCGUGUCAAGUUAUUGUUUUUUUAUGGCCCUUUAUGUCAAAUCUCAUAAAACAAAAAUAGAGACUGGGAAAAUCUAUGCAGGCGCCAUUUUUGCAAAUCUUUAUAAGUUAUCAAAUCAAAUCUGCGCUCUAGUAAGUCUAGUAUGCUCAACGAUGACCCUUGUGACAAGCUAGCGCCAUCUAUCUGCAAGAGCACACUUUGAAACAAUCUAACUGACAAUUCCUACCGUUUUGUAAAGAGAAAAUGGUCUGUGGUAUAUGGUCAUAGAAAAAAUAGUUAAUAGAGUGUUCUCUCCAUAGUGUUACCAAAACGCUUAUUAUUUUCGUAGUCGACAUCUAGCAUCGAGUAGCGGAUUUAUCAGUACCGCUACUUGACACUAGAUGUUUCAAGUAUCGCGACUGAAUAAAAUUGUAUUGCUCAACAAUUUACCGCCAAUAUUACAAGCAGAAGGAGUCGAAAAUAGAGUUCCGAUUAUAAUAUAAGCAAAAAAUUGGCAAAAAAUUGUUGAGCAUUAGAUUUUUCGUUCCUUGAAACAUCUAUUGUCAAGUAGCAGUACUGAUAAUUCCGAUACUCGAUGCUAGAUGUCGACUACGAAAAUAAUAAGCGUUUUGGUAACUAUAAUAUGGAGAGAGCAAAACUGAUGUAUGGAGCUAUGCUUACUUAUUUCUCUAUGAUAUGGUUGAGUAAGUAUUGCACGUCAUUUUUCACUGAUUAUUCUAAUUUUUUUUCUGAAAUUAAUGUAAUUUUCUAAUUUGCAUUUUUUUUAAUACAAAUUAAAUAUUCAUCACGAAAAUUUUAAUCAUUUUUAUUUUAUAAAGAC